CAGCUUUUAAAUAUUUCCAUGAACAAAAAUAUUAUUUAAAAAUUUAUAAUAAAAAUUGAAUUUGAUUUUUCAUAAACAACACUAAUGAAACUUAAUUAGCUUGAUUUGGUGCUAAAUAAUGAAGACGGAGCAGAUUUGUCAGAUUUCAUAACAAAUGGAGAGUGGUAUCUCAUAGGAAUGCCAGGGAAAAAGAAUACAAUUGUUUAUCAAUGUUGUCCUGAGCCCUACGUCGAUGUUACAUUUACGAUACAAAUACGACGACGAACUCUUUAUUAUUUCUUUAAUUUGAUAGUACCAUGUGUCUUAAUUUCGUCAAUGGCUCUACUAGGAUUUACAUUACCUCCGGAUUCGGGGGAAAAACUUACAUUAGGCGUCACAAUUCUACUAUCACUAACAGUAUUUUUAAACUUAGUGGCUGAAUCAAUGCCCACAACAUCUGAUGCUGUUCCUCUCAUAGGUACAUAUUUUAAUUGUAUAAUGUUCAUGGUUGCAUCAUCGGUUGUCCUGACAGUUGUUGUUUUGAAUUAUCAUCAUCGAACCGCUGACAUUCACGAGAUGCCACAAUGGAUUAAAUCUGUUUUCCUUCAAUGGCUGCCAUGGAUUUUGCGUAUGGGACGACCUGGCAAAAAAAUUACUAGAAAAACAAUUAUGCUUACAAAUCGUAUGAAAGAACUCGAAUUGAAAGAGCGUUCGUCGAAAUCACUCCUAGCUAAUGUUUUAGACAUAGACGACGAUUUUCGUCAUGUUAGUGGUAUGACAGGUUCAACCACACAAAUAGGGUCAACGGCAUUCACCCGACCAACUACAAUAGAUGAUCACAAUUCGAUAUCAGGUGGUUGUACACAUAAGGAUCUUCAUUAUAUUCUUAAAGAAUUGCAAUUCAUUACAAAUCGAAUGAGAAAGGCAGACGAAGAAGCCGAAAUAAUUAGUGAUUGGAAGUUUGCCGCAAUGGUUGUUGACAGAUUUUGUCUAUUCGUGUUUACAUUAUUUACAAUAGUCGCUACAGUUACCGUACUGCUGUCGGCCCCUCACAUAAUCGUUCAAUAAACAGAAUUCUAGGCGAAACCAAUUUAAUCAAUGAUUUGUUAUAAAAAAUGGUGAUUUAAAUUACAAAGAAAUGAUAAAUGUGACCGAUGGAUUUUUAAUCUGGAAAUUGAGAGUUUUAAUGCAAGAGAGAAAUUUAUAAAUCUAGAAAACUUUUAAACUGCCGAAGAAAUGAUUCAUACAUACUCAGCAUUAUGAACUUAUCAUAAUAUCAAUCAGAAGGAAAAAAAAAUCAUAAUUUUUAUUUUUAAUUAUAUGGAACUCGUUUCAUUGCUAGUUUUUCAUGCUAAUUGCUUGAGUAAUUGGAAUUAAUGACUUAAAUAAGAUAAAAGUGACUAUCUAAAAUUUUGAUAUUUAUUAUUCAUAUUGAAAUUUCGGAUAGUCAUUUGAUGGCCAUCAAUUUGUUUUCACGUUUGCGAUAUUUCCAAAUGCGGCAGGAAAACGUCAUGACGAAGCAUCGCGCAAAACUUUUAUAUUAAACCAUCAUCACAUGUAUCUAUAUGUAAAUGAUGCAUGACCGGCAAUUAUAAAUUAUAAAUGAAGUUUAAAAUGAAAGUUCAUAAGCUAAACAAAAGAAUAUAAAUAUUUUUCUGACAGUUUUUGAUAUAAGUGUAUGAUGUAUGUCUCCUUGAAAGCAACUACGAAAAAAAAGAGAAUUAAAAUCUUUCAAAAUUAGUUACAGGUACGCACAUAAUACCAUCUGGAAUGGAAAUAUCAUUAUAAUUGUUUUGUGCCAAUCAUAGUUUUGUAACACUUAUAUUAUCUAGAUACCAAAAUGAUAAUUUAAAGAAGCAACUUAGAUAAUUGAGAAAUAGAACUUAUCUAAUUUCAAUUUCCAAUCACUUCCAAGCUUUUCUGCGUUUGAAAAAAGGUACGAAUGCAUUAAAGUAUUUUUGAAUUGAUCCAAUCAAGCCAGUAUGAGUAAUUUAGUAAAUAUUACUUAUGACAAUGAAACACUAUCUUAAUAAGAGUUGAAUGGAAUAAUAAUUAAAAAAGAAAUAAGACAUAAAUUUAAUUAAACAAUGACGAUUUAAAUAAUUGUUGAUAUGUUCCAAAUUGCCCCACCUUGAAGAGAUUACAAAGAAAAACUGAAGCUUCAAGAAAAAGCUUAUUAUGAAAAACCAUUCAGAAAAAAAAAUAAAGUAAAUUUGAAUGAAAAAUAGCAGUGAACGUAAAUAAAUAUAUGUAUAAAUAAUUGUAUAUCUUAUGUCAUCGGCAACAAAUUUCGUAAAAGAGCUGCUCGUUGACUCUUAAAGUUUCGUCAUAUUGACGAAUAAGGUACGCACUUCAGAGGACUAAAAAAAUUAAAAUAAAUAUUUUAAAGACAUUUAAAGUGGAAAUCAUGGAAAUGAUUUGGUAUGAUCUACGAAAUCAUAGGAAAGAAUCAUUUAAAAUUUGAAAAUUUGUAUUUAAAAACCACAUAGAUAUAAAUUAAGAGAUUUAUUAAAAAUAAAUGUUUAUAAUAAUAAUUUUUAAAAGAAUGGAAUGAGAAAGUGAAACAUAGUUUAUUUAUCGUUGGGUCUUUAAAUGAUAUAAAUUUCAUGCAAUUCUCAAAAGCUUAUUGUGAAACGACGGUGAGCUUAACCAAUGUUCGGGGAAAAACGAGAGCUUUCGAGACAUGAUUUAAAGCUUUAUCUAUUCACUGUAAUAGUUUAUUCGCUCAUUACAUUAAUAUAAGACAGAAAGUAUCCCACCUGAUUUACGAAGAAGAAAUAUAUCCGAAUAGCGACUUCAUUCAAAAAGUAGGCUAAUUAUUGUUGUAAAGCUUUUCCACUCCUAAUAACCAAAUUUACCAAAUAUAUCUUCAUGGUGAAGCUCGAAAGUUCUCCUUUUUAUGACACCCCAAACUCAAUGUGUAUGAUUUUAUUCAUUAUAUUUUAAGGAUUUGUUCUUUAAGAAUUAUCGAGGGUUUUUUCUCUCUUUAUGUCAAAUUGACAUUCUCCAAAAAGAAACUAUCGAUGUUAGAAAUGCUCGAAAUGCACAAAUAAUGUUGACAUGAAUUUUUAGAUACUUUUAUUUUAUCAAAUAAAUAAAAUGAUGAAAUCAGAGAAUGUAUUGAAUUACAAUAAGAAAAAAAAGAAAAGUUUUAUUGCGCGUGUUUUCAAAUUGUGAAAAAUUUGCAACAAUUUUAUAUUCGUAGUAAAAAAAGAUAAAAAAUAAUUGAAGAAACUAUGAAAUCUUUUCCUUUGAAAAGACUAUUUUAAGUAUCGUUAGUUGACGGAAUAAUAAAUUUUGAAUUAAAGAAAAAUUAUGAAGCCCUUUACAAAAGAAAAAGAAAGAACUUUAACUCAAAACAAACAUAUUUACUCAUAAACUUGCUCACACAUACACACAAUAGAAAUUUCAAAUUUCUUUUGAAAUUUUAUUUAUAUAAAUUUUUUGUCAAACUUUCCAUUACAUAAAAUGCACGGGUUUCCCACCGAAUUGUGUUUCUUGGUUGAAAAAAAAAGCAAAAGAUAUUAAAUCAAGAGAAACUUGAAUAUUAAAAAAGGAUUUUAUAAAUUAAAAUAAAAGUCAAAUGAAUUAAAGUCUGAGGUAAAAAGAUUAUUUUUAAAUUAAUCCAGAAUGCCCAUAAAAGUUGAUUUACAUGCAAUCGAUCAAUUUUCUUCCGAAUCUACAAUAAGUAUUUCGUGGAAAGACAAAUAAAGCUUUUCCAGGCAUUCUACAAGCUGCCUUGUGUGGCACCAAAAAAUCCCGUACUGAUACUUUUGUAUUUCCCCACAAAGACGAAAUGAGCCAUUCGAGAAGAAAAUGUUCAUGUAACUUAACUUUUAUAUGAAACGCAGCAUGGCAAAUAGUAUCUAUUUGCUAUGAUAAAUAAAAAAAAGCUAAAGUGAAAUAUUUUUUAAAAGACACAUAUUUAAAUGAAAGGUGAUUAAACUAUUUAAAACAAAUAAUAACUAAAUGUUCCACAUUGGAUAUUAAAAGAAGACAUUAAAAGAAUCAGAAAGAGGUGUUAGAUUUUUUCGUUACAUACGUAUGUAUAUGCAGCCCCUUUCUGAUUUCUAACCUCUAAAGACUUUAUCAGGCCCACCAGAAAGUUUUGUAGCUAAUAUUUAUGCCUAUCAUUUUAUGGUUCUUUGAUAUUUUUGUAUUUAUCUAUAUUUUUAUGAGCACAAAAAUUUGUUAAAGAUAUCUACGAAGAUUGGAUUUAUUAAAGUAUCGAAAAUUUCGAUGUUAAGUCAUCUUUUCUCAAGAGAUAUGUCCAUUCGGUUGAUAUUUAUAAAAGAGAAUCAAAACACGUAUUUAAAGUUCGUCAAAUAUAUCACAUUUAUUUCAUGCUAACAUUAUAAUGCUAUUGAUAAUUCUUCAUAAUGAAUUUACUUUAAUAAAUCGAAAUUCACCGAUAAGACACAAAUUUUUGUAGCAGUUCUGACUCUUUAAUAAUUCGUCAAAUCAUACUUAAAUAAAAUCACAACACUCUCUUCAAGAUUAAGAGAAAAGAAACAAAUUGCUGCUAAUUUUUCAAUUCAUUAUUCAUUAUCUUUGAAUAAAUAGUUAUAAUUUUUCUGAGCACAUACGAAACACUCAUCUAUGAAUAAAUUCAAGAAAUGCUAGGAACAAAGUUUGUUGCAAAUUAUAUGAAAAUAAUAAUAAUAAUAAAUGAAUUAAAAAAAGAAGAGGUCAUUCAAAGGCAGAAGUUUUAAUCAUAAGAAUGUGGAAUUGAUAGAUAUAAUGUAUAUUUGAUUUAGAUUAAAAAUCGCUUCUUGAGGAAUUUAUAAUUAGAUGAAUUAUAAAAUUAUUGAAUUUUUCAAAAGUAGCGUCAAUAUUUUGGAAAAUAAUACCUACUUGUUACUCUCAGAAGUGACCAUACUUAAAAUGUUUCUGUUGACUGUAAGCCAACUGCUUUUGACUUCAAAAAGGAAAAAUUCUACUUACAACAAAUUCUCAGCAGAUAUCAGAGCUUUUGUAGAUCAAAAAUCGAAACUCAUAAUUCUUCUGAAUGUCAAGAUGAUAAAAAAAUAUAAGCUAAUUAAUACUCAUGUAUUUCGAACGAUUAUCUUUUCUCAAUUUCAUUCGCUCAUUCACAUUCGAAAUCAUCUAGAUGAUUUUUCUUUGUGUUUUCAUGAAAGAAAAGAAAGAUAAAAAUGUCGAAGAUGUAAACCAUGAGUUUGUUAUUGAAUUUUCAUUUAAAUGAAAAAUAAAAAUUCGUGAAAUAAAUCGCAAUUGAAAGAUGAGGGAUUUAAAUGAUAAGAAAAACAUUUCUUUGUGUUCACACGAUAAAAAAUGUUUAAGAAAAAUAAUGAAAAAAAAUACGAAAUAAAACAAUUAGAA